UUUUUUUUAAACAGCCCAAUGAACGGAGGUGGCUGGAUGCUUUUGCUCGAACAGCCCAAUCAGCAGGCUUUGUUGCAGGAAUUUAAAGGUCUGUGCGGCACUUUCGAUGUAUCACAACUUCUGCUCCAGCUGAAGGAAUAAUCCCAGAAAACCUGAUUUUCACUGCUGCUGCUUAGCGUCCCUGUCACUUGGAAAUGUCUGAGAACGUCGCCCGUCUGAACAAGUUCAAGAACAAAGGCAGAGAUGCCAACGAGCUUCGACGCAGGAGAGUGGAGGUGAACGUGGAGCUCCGCAAGGCAAAGAAAGAUGAUCAAAUGUUCAAAAGAAGAAAUGUGGCCGCACUUCCUGAAGAGGCGACUUCUCCUCUUCAAGAAAGAACCCAAAACUUUCAGGCUUUCAGGCAGUGGACAGUCGACGAGAUUCUCACAGGAGUGAACAGUGGUAACCCUGAGUCCCAGCUCCAGGCUACACAGGCUGCACGGAAACUGCUGUCUCGUGACAAGCAUCCUCCCAUUGACCAGAUGAUCAGUGCUGGUCUGAUCCCCAAGUUUGUCGCGUUCCUGGGUCUAACAGACUGUCCUCCAAUCCAGUUUGAAGCUUCCUGGGCUCUGACCAACAUUGCCUCCGGGACAUCUGAUCAGACAGCUGCUGUCGUGGAGGGCGGGGCCAUUCCUGCCUUCAUAAGCCUGGUUACCUCCCCCCACCAGCAUAUCAGCGAACAAGCAGUCUGGGCCCUCGGAAACAUUGCUGGUGAUGGAUCAGCUCUUAGAGACAGGGUCAUCAAGCAUGGAGCUGUCGCACCUCUGCUCAGUCUGGUGGCAGUCCAUGACCUGUCUGUAUUUAAUACCAGCUACGUGAGAAAUGUGACAUGGACACUUUCAAACCUCUGCCGCAACAAGAACCCCUCCCCACCUAUGACUGCAAUCCAGCAGAUUUUACCCGCUCUCAUUCGUCUAUUACACCACGAUGACCUGGAGGUAUUGGCUGAUGCGUGUUGGGCCGUUUCAUACCUGACAGAUGGUUCGAAUGACCGCAUUGAGGUGGUGGUCCAAGCUGACUUAGUUCCUCGCCUGGUGAAGCUGCUUGGCUUUGAUGAGCUGCCUGUCAUUACUCCUGCGCUGCGUGCCAUUGGCAACAUUGUGACCGGUACAGAUGAGCAGACACAGGCAGUACUUGAUGCCGGGGCCCUGAACAUGUUCACCCAACUGCUGCGCCACAAAAAAGCCAACAUCCAGAAGGAGGCAGCCUGGACUCUGUCAAACAUCACUGCAGGGAGGGACACCCAAAUCCAGGAGGUCAUAAACGCGGGCCUUGUUCCAUAUAUGGUUGAAACACUUGUGCGGGGUGACUAUAAAACUCAGAAAGAGGCUGUAUGGGCUAUUACAAACUUCACCAGUGGGGGCACUGUUCAGCAGGUGGUUUACCUUGUUCAAGCAAAUGUGAUUGAGCCUCUUCUGAAUCUACUCUCCUCUAAAGACAGCAAAACUGUCCUUGUUAUCUUGGAUGCCAUUACAAAUAUCUUCAUGGCUGGGGAUAAAAUCGGGGAGUCGGACAAGCUGAGUCUAAUGAUCGAAGAAUGUGGUGGACUGGACAAGAUUGAGGCUCUGCAGUCUCAUGAGAAUGAGAUGGUGUACAAAGCAGCCCUCAACCUGAUUGAGAAAUACUUCUCUGAAGAGGAGGAGGUGGUGCAGUGUGUGGUCCCAGAAGAAACCACUGAUGGCUAUGCAUUCCAAAUCAGUGAAAACCAGAGCACUUUCAAUUUCUAGAUGACUUUCUAAUACCUCUACUCUACCCUAAUUUCUACUGUUUGUCCUUUGUUCAUGUAAUUGAGUUCUGCCUUUUUUUUGUAUGUACUGUACAUACUGUUUUUAAUGUGACUGUGCAAACAUGAUUGUAAAUAAAGUUGUCAGAUCAUG